AUUUUAUUACAAAUAUGAGAGUUCAUGGAAAGAAUUAUCUUUUACCAUUUCAAAAAGGUAUAGCUAUCUCAAAUACAUCACUCAUUAAUUUGUUCAACGAUUUAAAUGCACGAGGGCUGUCUUUUAUUUUAACAAGGAAAUUAAACCAGGAUGUUGUUGAGAACCUCUUUAGCUUUUUAAAGGGUAUGGCCGGUUCUGCAUGUAACAGUAUAACUGUCCUUGAUUUUAAAUAUUGCCUACGUUGGUAUAUUUUGGGGAAGAAUUCCAACUUUGUUUUUACUGAAAACCACAAUUCGGAAAAUGAUUUAGAAGAAAGUCUUUUAAAUAAUUCUGAGUGUUUAACUAKUGAAGUUAUUCAAGAUUCUGAAUUGUUACCUGACUUGUUUUCUUUAGACACUCAUGAUAAUGAGUUGGCUGAAAUUGAGUUGACAUUUGGCACAGCAAUGGCAAAUAUUCCAUAGRACAAUUUGGCACAUUUA